GUGAGCAGCAGCAGAGACUCUUAUUUUGGCGCGUGUUUGCGCACCGGAAGCGGAAGCGGCUCGCCGACAGGAGUGUUUCCCUGAUGCUGCUCCUGUGGUGAUGAUGAUGAUGGCGGAUUUUGAUCAGGUAGAUUUUCUGCGCGAGCGGCACGUGCGGUUCUUCCAGCGCUGCAUGCACGUGUUGCCCGAGAGAUACGCGCCGUACGAGACCAGCAGGUUGACUAUAGUGUUCUUCGCUCUGUCGGGUCUCGAUGUUCUCGAUGCCUUGGAUGUCGUGGAUAAACCCGGACUGAUCGAGUGGAUUUAUUCUCUGCAGGUUCUUCCCACCGAUGACAAGUCUAAUCUCAGACGCUGUGGCUUCCGCGGCUCCUCACACAUCGGCGUUCCCUACAACACUUCAAAGGGUCCGGGUCCGGCUCACCCGUACGACAGCGGACACCUGGCCAUGACCUACACCGGCCUCGCCUGCCUCGUGAUCCUGGGGGACGACCUGAGCCGCGUCAGGAGAGAGGCCUGUCUGGAGGGGCUGAGAGCGCUGCAGCUGGAGGACGGCAGCUUCUACGCCGUCCCAGAAGGCAGUGAGAACGACAUGAGGUUUGUGUACUGUGCCGCCUGUAUUUGCUACAUGCUGGACGACUGGACUGGGAUGGACUGCCAGAGAGCCAUCGACUACAUCCGGAGGAGCACAUCGUAUGACAGUGGGAUUGGUCAAGGAGCCGGACUGGAGUCACAUGGUGGGUCCACCUUCUGUGCCGUGGCGUCCCUUUGCAUGAUGGGAAAGCUGCAGGAGGUGUUCAGCGAGCGCGAGCUGAACCGGAUCCGGCGCUGGUGUAUCCUCCGACAGCAGAACGGCUUCCACGGCCGGCCCAACAAACCCGUGGACACGUGCUACUCCUUCUGGGUGGGAGCGACGCUGGAGCUUUUAGACAUUUUCCAGCUCACCAACUUCGAGAAGAACCGGAACUACAUUCUGUCGACACAGGACCGUCUGGUGGGCGGCUUCGCUAAAUGGCCCGACAGUCACCCAGACCCCCUGCACACGUACUUCGGCAUCUGCGGCCUGUCUCUGCUCGGGGAAGCGGACCUGCGUAAGGUUCAUCCGGCUCUGAACAUCAGCGUGCGGGCGUUCGAGACUCUGCAGCAGCUGCACGGGUCCUGGAGGCAGAACCAGAACCAGACCCGCUCGUGACCUCUGACCUCAGCAUAAUCCCCACGUGACUGAUGAAAAAAUCAGCAGAUCAGCGUAAUCAAUUAUUAAAGGUAAAGCUCGCUCUGUAGUCGUAGGCCACAAGACCCCUGCGCUCCGGCCAGACCCGCCCCCUCUUCAAGCUGUUUAUUAUUAUAAGUGCUGUUUCUGCCUUAUGAAUAUGGAGGAGCUCAUGUGAACAGGAGCCGAGCUGCGUCCGGCGUUCCUGGAGUAACACACUCUAUAUCUCUGUUUUACACUUUAUAUUUUCACAAGCAACGUCAGCCUAUUGUUUCUGUUACUCUACAUGUGAAAUCAUGUUCCUUCAGUGUCCUCUCAUGAAUGUGCCUCAGAUAUCUCUACUGUGUGUGUGUGUGUGUGUGUGUGUGUGUGUGUGUGUGUGUGUGUGUUAUACAUACGGCAUUCUGACACUUGAAUGUGUUUCAAGGAUCAAAAAAUGAAAUUAUUUUUUCUAUGCUGUAAUAUCAAGUGUAGAAGUGAAACUGCUCAUAUUUUAUGAUGUAGAGUUACGGACUUGCGAGUGUCAAUAAACGAACAGCUUUUA